UUAAAAGAAAAUAACCUGUGACCUUAGACUGCCUUCAGGCUGAAUUUCAGAAGUCUGAGAGAGCUCCGGGGGGCUAACUUCAAAUAAUCUUAAGGUCUAUCAUCCCGGCAGCUACCUACGUCCACUUCUGGCUUCUCGGCUUCUGCUCUUGCUGACUGGUUCCUUUGCAACUGCGCGGGGGUGGUGCCCUGGCGGAUGAAGCUGCCAGUUGCUAGGAUACGGCCAGCAACAGACCAUCUAGGAAGAAAAGAGCGGCUUCCCAGGCCUGGAGAAACCUCUUCAUCUGUAAUAGUUGUGUUUCUUGAGCAGGAAAAUGUCGGACUCUGAGGAGCUCGUCGCUCCUCAGAAUGCAGACGACUUGGCAGCUGACAGGGAAGUAGCUGUACCCGUCAUCAGUAUUCCUCAUCCUUCUGAAGAAGUGGAAGAAUUAGAUGAUAUUUAUGAGCAAGAAUUCGAAGCAGAGAACUUCGCCGCCGAGAGCGAGACACCAGACGUGCGGAGUGAACAAAGCAUUUCAGCUGAGAAAUUUGAUUCCAGACACAGUGUGCGGUUUGGGCCCUCUGCUAGCACGAGUGUGAGUAUGCAAUCUCUGGAUCAAGACCAGCAGCACCUUGAUUACCGGACCUUAGAAGAAGACUCCUUAUCAUUUCUGAAAAAAGUAAACGUCGUAAAGGAGAACGUGUGGAUGACAAUGAAAGAAACUUCAACAACAGUAAAAGUUGUACUUAUUCCUGUAGGCCAGGAAAUUAAAAUGCCUUUUAGAGUUGAUGCCCCACUUAGACUCCUCAAGGACCACUUUUCACACUUGCUAUGCAUCCCACGGCAAGCAUUGCAACUGACACUUUCAGGCAACAUUGUUGGCAACAAUGAUACUCUAUUACGAUUUGGAAUUAAGCCACAAGAAGCUGCUCAGGUAGAGAUAUGUUCCACCCAACCUGAACAAUAUCCAGUCAAGAGGAUAGAGGGCUUGAGCGAGGGCUCCCAGAUAAUAACAGUCACCAUACAGACAAGCCUUGAUAACUAUGAGGAGAUAGCUGUUGAGAUAAUAAAAUCUGACUUCCACAAGCCAUUUCUUGGUGGAUUUAGACAUAAACUAACAGGAGUAGAAUUUCACAAUGCUGGAACACAAACCGUACCUAAGAAGAUUCCGGAAAAGCCCAAUCUGUUUUGCAGGGACACCCAGACAGUUUUUCAGAGAAAAAAGUUGCAACAAACUACAAAUACAACAUCCACUCAGAUGACUAAAAUUGGUGUGUAUGUAUCAAACUUGACUGAUAAGCUGCUCAAGCCGUCGAGGUACUUUUCAGCAAAACAGUACCAUGAUAUGAGGCUGCGUGCGGUGUUGGUGAUACAGACCAACUACAGGCGCUGGCACGCUAAGUGCUAUGUGGACAACUUAAGAAAACAAAAGCAACAAAGAUUGGAGUGGGAAGAGGAGGAAGAGCUCAAGAAGGUCAGAGAAAAGGAAGACUGGAUACAAAUGGACUAUUACCGCAGGCACAACCCUAAAACAAAAGAAGAUUUUGAGCUCCUUUACAACGCUCUGGAACUUUGGCGGCAAGAAGAACUUGCACAAAUUGACCAGUAUUUGAGUCAAGCUGAAAGGAAGGCUGCUCUGUGCGAACUUUUGGAGAAGGAGACACAGAUAAUUGCCUCCAUUGGGAGGCACCGGCAGGCUGCUGAUAUGGAACGCCAGGAAACAGCUCUGCAUGCCUUUCUGGAUAAGUGUUCAGCUCCAAAGCUCUGGAGAAGACCUGACGGCUCUAUUCUCGAGAUGGACACACAGUUCACCCUGAGAGCCAGAGAGCUGCAGAGCAUCUACAACUGUAUCAUGAUGAGAGAUCUUUCUCAGGACGAGCGGCUGGACAUCCUCCUGACACUUAAGCACACGGUGAAGGAACAUGAGUGUAAACUUACCCAAGAAAUCCUAGAAUUGAUUGACAGAGAAGUUGACCUCAUGAUGAGGGGAGUCAAACCUCAAAAUCUUGAAGGACUCAGAAAAAGAAUUACAACACUCUUUUUUCACUACAUCAAAACCCCCCUGUUCAACCCUGAAGUUGCAAGAUACCUUAAGGUCCCUCAAGACCCACUGAAGUUUUAUGACAAGAUUUACUUUUGCCACAGUUGCCAGCUGUAUUUGCCGUCUGUAGAGUUCUCCGUGUCGCCCACCUUACAGCGGGUGUACCGCUGCCGCCAGUGUGUGAACCUUGAGAAUGAGACUCAGAAACGGGAAUCAUUUUUGAAGUACAAGUUUCUGCUCCAGCGGCUCUACCACUCGGAAUCCGCCUAUGGGGAUAACUCUCAGAUUGCUUUUCUGAUGCAGCUUCAGGAUAUUAAGUACUUGACAGAGAAUAUCUGGGCAUCCCAGUCCAUCCUCAGUGCCUGGGAUGACCUCAAUGACCUGGUCCUGGUCAGGUGGGAUAAGAACGUGGAGUGGUCCCCCUGGAACUGCAUUCUCCUCACUAAGGAUGAAGCCAAAGCUCAUCUCAGGCUAGAGAGUAUUGAACAGGGAUAUGGACACGUCUUUCAUCACAAGAUCAAGCACAAACAUAUCCUGGCUAAAAACUAUUUUUCUCAGGUUCCAGUGCUGGCUGCCCUUUUACAGGAGGAUGAGGAAAUAGAGGAGAUCAGAAGUAAAUACUUCACAGUGAAGCCACCCAAAAUCAUAGAAGCCCAUGGGCCUCAACAGGAGUAGACCCAGGAACAUCAUUUGAUGAUGAGCCCUUUUGUUCUCUACUAAAAGAGCACUGCAGAGGUUAUGGACAGUGGAAAACCACCUUUGUAUUUCUGUUGGUAUUAUCUGUUUCAUUCAUUGUAUUUUAAGCUAUAUGAAUAGAAACAAAUAUGUAUACACGAACCAUUUUUUGGUGGCUAGUGUUAAAUUAACCUGUAAUUUUGUUACUAAGAUUAAUGGUUAAAAAGAACAUUUUAUUUAGUCUGUUUUCAUGUUAACUUAAGGGAAAAUAAAUGCUUUAUAAUCAAAAUACAACAGGCAAACAAAACCUUGGCCAUUAUAAUGUUCCAUGAAUGUAAUUUAUUUAAUACACUUUGAGUGUAAUCAUCCUCUAUACAUAAGCCUGAAUUUGAUAUAAGCAAAGACAUAAGAUUUUUUUUCACUUUUAUUGUCUACUUUUAACUUUUAACUGGAUAAUCCAAGAAAGUCAACUGAAAACAAACAAACAUGAAAAUCUGCAUUGUAUGCCACAAAACAAGGCAAACAGCGGGAAUGCUUUUAUGAUGGGUAAUUUCUGUGGGGAAAUGUUGAGGUUCUGUAAGAAGCACGGAUUUCAUCAAAUCCACUGUCCACUACUUCUCAAUAAACUAAUCAAUAACCUGGACGCCAUACCUAUCUGGAAUAUGUUCUAAUGAAUGAUGACGUAUCCAAAGGUGGCACACUUGAAAUUGCAUGAUUUAAGCCUAUUUACAAAGGACCCUGUUCUAAAACACACAUGAUGUUGGGAAACAAAAGGAACAGCCCAGGAACCCAGGGUCAGAUGAGCUCUGCUGAAUGUACCCCACAGUCUCCAGUACCCUUGUGGAGGAAGAAGUCAGGGAGCCCAGAGAGAAUGAAAAGGAAAUAAGGAAAUCACUGAAGGGACUAGCAGCCAGACUGCAAAGCAACACCCAACCUAAGAUGACCUCAAGAACCAGAAAACAAAUCCUUAGUUUCACACUUUGCUACAGUUGCCUUCUCCAGUUAGAAAGACUCAAAAGAAAAGAAGCAGAGAAGCAAAAUUCAUGUGGCUUUAGGGGAAAGGGCAGGGGAGAUACUGGUUGAACAGAUAUGGGAGGCAAAUUAGAAAACACUGGGAGGAAAAAAAAGAACCUGAAAGUGAGGAUAUCAUUCAAUUAGAAAUAUUUCACUUACAUCAUAGAAUUAUAGAAAACACAUAGUUUAGUCUAUUCCUAUAUAAAUGAUGUUUUCCUUUCAAGUCUAAUGAUUAGCAAAUUCAUUAUAAAUGAUGACUCCAUAUAAACAUUUGAUAUUUCAGCAACACAUAUGUAAUAUCUACAGUGCUUCCUUCCUUCCUUACAGACUUCCUUACAGUGUGACACUUAUCAAUUGUCCUUAAGGAAAUAAUAUUUAGGAGAAAAUUCUGUAGUGCUGUUUCAUUUUUAAUUGACAUUCCAGACAGCCUGAAAACUUUUUUGACAAAACAAUUUCAGUUGAGACUAGAAUAGGACCAGUGUGGUCAUUGAUAUAAUGGGAACAGUUUAUCACAGACACACGCAAGUUUACACAGGGAUGGAAAGAACCAGGUUUUCAUAACAUAGUUUAGGAGAAAUUAUGGGAAGAAUUGGGAGGGUGCUGUGGGAGAAAGAGCCAGAUAGGUCAAGUAAAGGAUUGUACGAAUGCCCUUGAUUCUAGCAGUUGGCUAGAGCGUUGGCUCUUAGGAAUGGGAGGCAAGAGGUAAACAGAAGGAAAUAGACAUAUGAGACCCAAUAACUAGAGGUUAGGUUAAUUAUCUCCCAGAUCAUCCUGCUUCUUCCUUGGUCCGUUGGUAAUGGCUGUGUUUCUCUAAGAUGGCGUCUUGGUUUAGAUCUACCUCCCACAUGGCACAACUCUCCUUCAACUUCCUGCCUUUCCUUCCAGCUUUCCAGAUUUCACUUGAAAGUCUUUUGAUUUUUAUAAGAAAAUUUAAGAUGUUCUGCUUUUGUUGAUUUCAGCA